GAGACCCUGUGAGGAGCCCGAGGCCCUCUCCUCGUCUCGCUCCUGUCCGUAUCCUCCGCUCUCUCUUCCGGGGUGCUGGAGCUCAGGGCUUCAAACUCAGCCGCGUAAACUUUCGCCGGGAUCGGGAUCCACAGAGGGUCCGUUUACCAUUAGGCGGAGUAACAACACAGCAUGCUGGGCUCUGGAUUUAAAGCUGAGCGUUUACGGGUCAAUUUGAGAUUAGUCAUAAACCGUCUUAAGCUAUUGGAGAAAAAAAAAACGGAACUGGCCCAGAAAGCAAGGAAAGAGAUUGCUGACUAUCUGGCUGCUGGGAAAGAUGAACGAGCUCGGAUCCGAGUGGAGCACAUUAUCCGAGAAGAUUACCUUGUGGAGGCCAUGGAGAUCCUGGAGCUAUAUUGUGAUUUGCUGCUGGCUCGGUUUGGCCUCAUCCAGUCUAUGAAGGAACUAGAUUCUGGUCUGGCUGAAUCCGUGUCUACACUGAUCUGGGCUGCUCCUCGACUCCAGUCAGAAGUGGCUGAGUUGAAAAUAGUUGCUGAUCAGCUCUGUGCCAAAUAUAGCAAAGAAUAUGGCAAGUUAUGUAGGACCAACCAGAUUGGAACUGUGAAUGACAGGCUCAUGCAUAAAUUGAGUGUGGAAGCCCCACCCAAAAUCCUGGUGGAGAGAUACCUGAUUGAAAUUGCCAAGAACUACAAUGUGCCCUAUGAGCCUGACUCUGUGGUCAUGGCAGAAGCUCCUCCUGGGGUAGAGACAGAUCUUAUUGAUGUUGGAUUCACAGAUGAUGUGAAGAAAGGGGGCUCUGGAAGAGGAGGAGGGGGUGGUUUCACAGCACCAGUUGGUGGACCUGAUGGAACAGUGCCAGUGCCUAUGCCCAUGCCUAUGCCCAUGCCCUCUCCAAGCACUCCUUUUUCCUACCCACUUCCAAAGGGACCAUCGGAUUUCAACGGAUUGCCAAUGGGGACUUACCAGGCUUUUCCCAAUAUUCAUCCACCUCAGAUACCAGCAACUCCCCCAUCGUAUGAAUCUGUUGAUGACAUUAAUGCUGAUAUGAAUGUCUCUUCUGCACAGAUUGUUGGUCCUGGACCCAAGCCAGAAGCUUCUGCAAAGCCCCCUUCCCGACCUGUGGAUACCUAUGACAACUUUGUGCUACCGGAGUUGCCAUCUGUGCCAGACACACUACCGACUGCAUCUGCUGGUGCCAACACCUCAGCAUCUGAGGACAUUGACUUUGAUGAUCUUUCCCGGAGAUUUGAAGAAUUGAAAAAGAAAACCUAGGUCUUAUACUAGGCAACCUCCAGGCUCUGGGAUUUGAGACUGAGUUAUUUCUCCUUGUAACAAAGAAUCUCCAUGAAAUUCUUUUUCAUCUCUUUACCAUCACUGAGCACGCUCUUCCUCUGGGCUCUCUUCCUGCUCUAAAUUCUGCUGCUUUCCAGUUCUUUCUUGCUCCUAAGAGACUAAUGAUUAGAGACUAUGAGGCCAGAGCAGCUGACUCCUGGCAGCUGGGCUUGUGUCCAUCUCCUUUGAGUAUGAGCCCAGGUUUUCUCAUCACCUGUCCUGUCUCCCCACAGGGAGUGAGUGGGAAGGUGAAAGCAUUAUGAGGAGAGCUGCCAAAGAUGGCUGGACAUGGAGAAGAAUACUUCAUGAAGUCUCUCAGCCCUGUGCUGAAGUUCUAGACUUAGAAACAAACCCCUCGAUACAGAGGGAUUUGUGGUGAGCAAAAAUCAAAGCAAAGGUGUGCUGUGAAUGGGAGAGACUGACUCUGGAAGCCACUGUAACAGUUCUUGGAACCUGGGUCCUCUCACUGGCAUAUACACUACUCCUUGCUGCAGGGCACUGUUCUACUUGGACUACCUGGAUCCAGUCGUGACGUUUUUAUGGAAAGUUGAAGGCUUCUCUUAGUUCUACUGGAUUCUCAGGGAGCCCUCUGUGGCCUUUUGCUUUGAGUGCUGUGUUUCCCUUUUACCAGAGGGCAGCACUGCAUAAAUUCCUGUUUUUCCCCAUAGCAUGUUCUGUUGGAUUGCAUUUACUGGCAAACAAAGGACAGAUCACAUACUGGGCAGAAGUCACCAUUCAAGGCUAAGGUGGGCUUCCAGUUGCCUUAAUAGAAGUACUCAAGUCUCUUGGGUAGUGAGCUGGAAUGCCCACAGAAGAGGGGUUCCUGUUUUCAUUUGAAAACUUUAUGAUUAAGAGAACCUUUAAAAACUGAUUUCAAGUAAGUUUUUGGUGCCCAUUAAAAUGGUGGCUGUGGUUCACUACUUUCCUAGAUGGAUGAGACUCUUACUAUUAUAACUUAACGUGUUCCUUUGCCCCCUAGCUGAGGCCAUCCUUCCCCAGAGGGAUGGCAUUGGGAUCAAAAGAUAGGACUCUGGCUUCUGUGUAGUGUAAAUGUAAACACCUGUUUCAAGUAACUUUAAUGUUUCUGAUUGGUUUGUAUCUCAUAGCUCAGUAGCUGAUAAUAAAGUUAAAAAUUCUG